UACAAAAAUGUGGCCAAUGUCCAUAAUGGUGACAUUCGUGGUGUUGGCAGUGUGUGUGAAAAAUAUAUCCUGCGAUUAUGAAAAUACAUGGAAUUUUUACAACGAACAGCCAUGUUGUGGCGGCAGUGACAAUGCGAACUAUGCCACCAAACAUCGACGAGAUCAUGUUCGAGAAUUUAAUUGCGGAAAAUUAUAUUACCGAACCUUCCAUAUGGACGAGGAAAGGGAUUCAUUAUAUGUGGGAGCCAUGGAUCGUAUAUUCCGUUUAAGCCUUAAAAAUAUAUCCUCAUCAACAUGUGAUCGCGAUCUUAUUAAUUUAGAGCCCACACGAGAUGAUGUUGUAAGCUGUGUAUCAAAAGGCAAAAGUCAGGUGUUCGAUUGCAAAAAUCACAUUCGUGUUAUACAAAAAAUGCAAGGCAACAGGCUGUAUGUGUGCGGUACGAAUGCUCACAAUCCCAAGGAUUAUGUCAUUUAUCAUGUGCGAAAACCCAACUUCGUUGGCUCUUAUGACAUUGGCGAUUAUGUGUAUUUCUUUUUCCGUGAAACCGCUGUCGAGUACAUCAAUUGUGGCAAGGCUGUUUAUUCGCGUAUCGCUCGUGUCUGCAAGAAGGAUGUCGGUGGCAAGAAUAUUUUGGCACACAAUUGGGCUACGUACUUGAAGGCUCGCCUGAAUUGCAGUAUUUCUGGUGAAUUCCCCUUCUAUUUCAAUGAGAUACAAUCGGUGUAUCAGUUGCCAAACGAUAAGACACGUUUCUAUGCAACAUUUACGACAAGUACAAAUGGUCUAAUCGGUUCGGCCGUAUGCAGUUUUCACAUCAACGAAGUACAGGCAGCAUUCAAUGGUAAAUUCAAAGAGCAAUCUACUUCAAAUUCUGCCUGGCUACCCGUAUUGAACGCACGUGUUCCCGAACCUCGCCCCGGUACGUGUGUCAAUGAUACCUCAAAUUUACCCGACACCGUUCUGAAUUUUAUACGCUCACACCCUUUGAUGGAUAAGGCAGUGAAUCAUGAACACAGCAAUCCCGUCUAUUACAAACGUGAUUUGGUAUUCACGAAGUUGGUGGUGGAUAAAAUUAAAAUCGAUAUCUUAAAUCAGGAAUAUACCGUUUAUUAUGUUGGCUCCAAUUCGGGACACAUCUACAAAAUCGUUCAGUAUUAUCGCAACGGUGAAUCUCUGUCGAAGCUUUUGGAUAUCUUCGAAAUCGCCCCCAAUGAACCCAUUCAGGUGAUGCAAAUCAGUCAGACACGUAAAUCGUUGUACGUUGCCACGGAUCAUCGUGUCAAACAAAUCGACAUGGCCAUGUGCAAUCGUCGCUAUGACAAUUGUUUCCGUUGUGUACGUGAUCCAUACUGUGGCUGGGAUAAGGAUGCCAAUACAUGUCGUCCGUACGAAUUGGAUUUGUUGCAGGAUGUUGGCAACGAAACGAGUGACAUUUGCGAUUCCAGCGUGUUGAAAAAGAAAAUCACCGUUACCUAUGGCCAAAGUGUACAUUUGGGUUGUUUUGUGAAAAUUCCCGAGGUUUUGAAAAAUGAACAGGUCACAUGGUAUCACCACUCGAAGGAUAAGGGACGCUAUGAAAUCAAAUACAAUCCCACCAAAUAUAUUGAAACCACCGAACGAGGUUUGGUUGUGGUAUCUGUUAAUGAGGCUGAUGGUGGACGUUACGAUUGCCAUUUGGGUGGUUCCUUGCUAUGCAGUUAUAAUAUUACCGUGGAUGCUCAUAGAUGUACACCACCCAACAAAAGUAAUGACUAUCAGAAAAUUUAUUCAGAUUGGUGUCAUGAAUUUGAGAAGUACAAAACAGCCAUGAAGUCAUGGGAAAAAAAACAAGCGCAAUGUUCGUCACGUCAAAAUUUCAGUCAACAACAUCCAAAUGAAGUAUUUCGCAAAAAUAUAGUCUGAUAUCAAGAUGGACUAAAUGAUGCUGCUAAUCCAUUAACGUCCAUUAAACUUUUUUAA